GCCUCUUCUCUCAGGAUUUCAUUUUGGAAAUCACACCCGGAAGUACUUAUUUUAACCCUUGAGAGCUUGACGUUGUCCAGGCGCACUCUUCUUUAAACGCAAAGUGCGCCGCUGUCCGCGUUAAGCCACAGCAAGUGCCCUGAGAGGAGCAGAGGAGGCCAGUGGCUCAAGGACAUGUGUGUGGCUCUAAAUCCAGCGGCUCCUCCGCCUGCUCUGGUAGGACAUCUGCGCAUCCAGUUUUGGGUGUGACAAACAUCUUGUGUCAGAUUUGGGCAUUUUUCCAGGCGAAGCGGAGGCGCGGAUGACUUGACUUUCUUGUCUCAACAUCACUCCUCCUGCUGAUGUGCUUUGGAUGUUUUUCUUAGUGGCUUGUCUGUCCACGCCAGAUGUUCUGGACACACACACACAGACAGACGGGACUGCCGCUGCGGAUGUCCAGUGAUUUCUUUGCUCAUGUAGUGCUGGUCAGGGUGCUGAAGUUGAAGUCUUGCACUUGAAGGUGUGAGCUCCAAAUGCAUUCGCUCCUGGGCCGGGAGAAGAAAGAAGAAGAAGCCGGGUUUGGGAUCGAGCUGGGUCUGUCUCCGGGCUUUCUGCCCCAAGCCGCCAACAUGUUCAGCUGUGUGGGCUGCUUCUGGGUGCUCCUCUCCUCCGCUCUGGUCGCCGUCUGCAGCUUCAGCUUCAUAUCUCCUGCCUGGAUUGUUAAGGACCAGCUGAGGAACACUCACCACCACCACAGCCACAACAACAAGGACUCCGUGAGCUUCGGCUUGCUGUGGCACUGCUCGGAGUCUCUGGAUCACAUGUACAGAUGCUACACCUUCGGGGGACUGGGCAAAUUCGCAGAGAUCCCCUCCAGCUCCUGGCAGACUAGUGCAGUGCUCUGUUCAGGAGGCUGUGCUCUGCUGGCCGUCAGCUCCCUGUUGGCCAUCAUCACCAUCUUCCUGCCCAGUGGAGGAUGUGAGAGGAGGAUCUGCACCCUGGCCGCAUACAUGCAGAUGGCUGCAGUGUUCAUCAUGGCUGCUGGACUGCUGGUCUAUCCCUUCGGCCUGAACUCCUCACUGGUCAGGUCCUUCUGCGGGGACUCUGACAUCUAUUACGCCGGCGAGUGCCAGAUCGGUUGGGGCUACAUGCUGGCUAUCGUCGGAGUCAUGCUCACCGUCUUCUUGCCCUUUUUUGCCAAAUAUGCACCAAAGGAGCAGCUGUCCCCCACCCCUUUACCCACGCUGUUAUAGUGCAUUGAUACGUAGUCUUGUUUAUUUCCCUCCUGACCACUCUCGCUAAUCUGCGCUUGAUGUCAUGGAGAGACACCUGCAUCCCGAUUUUAAAGGCGAUGCUGUUUGGGAAGCCCCACUCCACCAGUGAUAACUGAAGCUGAUACUCAACAACAAACACUGUCUUCCUCCAUCUGUUAUGUAAUUAAUUCAAAUUCAGUUCCUUUAAAUGGAACAUUUUAUGUUACAAUAAUCCUCUGUAGUUAUUUUUACCCUCAAAUCUAUCAUGCGUUUUCUGCAGUUUGACUUAUCUGUUUUCUUCAUGUCAGUUCUGGAGAUGAUGCAGUCAGAAAAUGAAAGGACUGAAGCUAAUUUCACAUGAUUUAAGAAAAUGACCACAAAUGUAACAAGUACUAGUAAAAAUGUGAUUUUUUCUUUCUUUUUUUGUGGUUAACAACAACAUGUAUAACAUUCCAAAAACAGACUGGAAGUUGGAAAAGAGUGGAAGCAUGAGAUUGUGUGGCAGUAUGACUCGUCCAGUCAAAUAAUGUUUCAAUCAGAGGUUUUGAAGAACAUUUGACUCAACGAGGGAGCCCCUUUGAAUGGUUGCAUCUCACCUCUUAAGGAGUUGCAUCUACUGACAAUGUUUUGUGCUGAAGCGUUUGGACUGUACAUAUGGUCUGGAUUUAACAGAGCUGAUGUUUGGGGUUUCAAAACACCACACUGAAAAGAGAACUCUGACACUUUGAAGGAUUUUGGCACUCCGGACCUUUUCUGCCUUCCAGUCUUGUGACCAGGCAGUGAACCAGAGGGAGUCAAGAAGAUGUUUCAGCUUUCAAAGACAGUGCAUUUAGUAACUGUCACAAAGAAAAGGACAAUAGAUACAGCAUAAGACCUGCCGAGAGGACAAACGGAAAUCUCUUCUCAUAACAAGGAAGAGAAUCAUAAUAAUAAGUAGUGGUUUCAGUGCAGUUGUGUGCUGGGAUAUUGCAUCCUUUUGUUUUCCCCAGAAUUGUUUGUGUGAUGUAACUUGCUUGUUAAACAUGCAAUUUUUUUUUCUCUGUCUAAAACACACUAUACUAAACGCUCUUUAUCAGGAAAAAAGUAUUGCAAAAGGCAGGGAGAUGUAGGAAUUUUGUCUCAAAAAAAAAUGCAUGAUAAUAUGGGCUUUGUUAAUGGUAGAACAAUUGAUCUAGAUUUUAAAUGUGAUCUGACCAACUUGUGCCUUUUAACAUAACAAAGACAAGUGUUUAAUACAAUUAUCAGGUUAUCAUCUUUUUUGCUGAAAAACUGUGGAUCCUGUUGUGUGAUGUGUUUUUUUUUCUACUAUAUUUUUUCCUCUCAGAGGGAAAACAUUUCUCCUGUACUUGAUGCAGUAUGAUCUCAUUAACUUUAGAAAAUGUUCUGGAGGAUAAAAAAAGAGACAAUGUAUUCUAAUCCUUGGGGGUAAUGGCAGAAAGAAGGGAAAAAAAAGAAUAGCAGCGUACUUGUGUUCAAUUAUGGCCUGAGACAUUUUUGCCAAUUAUCUAGAAGAGGUAACUUGAAUUACUAUAUUAAAAGGUUGUGACAUGCAGCUAACAGAUUAAUUCCUGGCAUCCUUGUCUUCUGUGAUUUUAAAAUUGAGUGGUAGAGGAGGGAGCUGUACAAAUUGAACUUCGCUGUUGGUUAUCUGUGCUGAGCUGACACAUUAUUCGCAUUAUGUGUAAAACGUGGCUUAUAAUUAGCUCCUCAAAUAAGCUAAUGUGUUGCUGUGUUUUCGUCAACCCACUUCUUCUUUUAAGCGCUGGCACCAUUCCUGUCAUGUUCCAAGGACAAAAUGUCUACUUCUCCACUUACUGUCCCUGUACACUGCCAAUUUCAUUAAAGCUAGACUCCCUUUCCUAGUGGGUGCUUAUGUGUGUAUUAGUGUUAAAUACUGGGCUGGAUUUUGCUAAUGGGUUAAUAUUGAAAUAUUUCCCAAAUUUGGGUUCCCAUAAUGACAUGUCCUGACAUUAAGAAAAUUACUGUGAUUAUGUUGCCAUAUUUGGAAGACGGUCAGGAGAGAAAUGUUGGUAUUGUAUUGGACCUCAUACUGUGCUUGACUGUGGGAAUGACUAGCGUGACUGCACUGGACUUGUUUCCAAAUUUGCUGAACCAUUGUGUGUAUAGUCUCAGCACUGGUGAAACUGUUUAGGUAGAGUAGAAUUAUUGUUUUUUCCAUUGUGAUGUUUGACUGUAAAUAAACUAACUGUACUUGA